CUGAAUGCUGGGUUGACGGUGAUGACGUAAGAAAGUGCAGAGAACACUUUCCGUUUCCGGUGAAGCUGCAGCACUAAUAAUGGCGGACACGUGUGGCCAAGUAAUAUUGGGCUCCGGCCUCACUGUCCUAUCUCAUCCUUUGAUGUACAUUAAAGUACUGAUUCAGGUCGGACACGAGCCACUACCGCCGACCCUUGGACAUUUUUUUAGAAGAGAGGUGUACCACCUGCCUGGAUUUUUUGCUUAUGCAAAACACAUCAUUAAGAUUGAUGGGAAAGCAGGUCUCUUCAAAGGGCUUGCGCCAAGGCUUUGUGCGGGCACCAUCGGCACUGUAGUCCAUAGUAAAAUUGUGCAGAAAUGUCACAAACAAGGGACACUUGAGAUUCCGGGAGGCCAGCAGAAGCCUGUCGAUGGAGCCUUACAACAUGUUGUGAAUGAGACAAACAAAGAGAUGAUAGCUCGUUCUUUUGCCACCAUCAUUACGCAUCCCUUUCAUGUGAUUACGUUGCGUUGUAUGGUGCAGUUUAUUGGAAGAGAAACAAAAUACAGCGGAGUCUUUGAUUCCAUCAUCACGAUCUACAGAGAAGAAGGGAUGCUGGGAUUCUUUGCUGGAUUGAUCCCCCGACUCCUUGGAGAUAUCUUCGCUCUGUGGAUUUGUAACCUGCUGGCUCACUUCGUCAACACUUACGCUAUUGAUGAUUCGAUGAGCCACACAGGAGAAAUCAAGAACUGCUCUCAGGCUAUGACAGGGUUCUUGGCCAGCAUGCUCACAUACCCUUUUGUUUUGGUGUCGAACAUCAUGGCUGUCAAUAACUGCGGGCUCACUGGAGGGCGUCCCCCCUAUGCAUCAAUAUAUCCUACCUGGGUGCACUGUUGGAAACAUCUAAGCAGAGAGGGAAACAUGAGCAGAGGAAGCAGUUUAUUCUUCCGAAGGCUUCCAGCAGGAAAGACGUACGCCAUUGAUCAGAAAAUAUUUUAUUAACGGGAAAUGAUGCAACAAUAAUGAGCAAAACAGAUCAACAGUGUCUCAUCUGAGGGAUUAUUAUUCUUUUUGUACGCCCUUUUUCCUAUUUAUAACAGUUGUCAAUUAAAAAUGACUCAUGUUUUCAGAGUCCUAAGAAAGUAGAAUAGAAUGGAUAGGAUUUCCUUCGACGGAUGGACCAAGUUAUUGAAGCAGAUUAAUACUUUCUUUUCAUUGAUUAUUCCUUUACAAACACUUUAAAUUGCAUGAUAUGUCUUGCAUUAGGAUGAUUAAAUGGCUUUGACAUGUGAUAUUGUGUUAUAAUACAGUAAACAGACCUUUUUAUCUGUGACAGUAGUCAAGUACUUCUAUCAGCUCAUUCUUAAUAUCAAAUAAAAUUUGGGGGAUUUUGUCCAUUUCUUGUAAA